AUGGAGAGCGCGAGAUUAGGCCAAUGGUUAAAGUUAAAUCUUCUGGUGUUUGUACUGGUAUUGCUCAAGGCAGAAGCAGGUUAUGUACCAAUAACUUACGUCAAGAGCGCGGUAACAAAAGGAGCCGUUUGUUUGGAUGGUAGUCCACCAGCUUACCAUUUGGAUAGAGGAUUUGGAAAAGGGAUUAACAGUUGGUUAGUUCAAUUUGAGGGAGGAGGAUGGUGCAACAAUAUCACUACUUGCCUUGGGCGUAAGAUGAAUCAUUUAGGUUCAUCUACACAAAUGGCUAAACAAAUUGCCUUUUCAGGAAUUUUGAAUAACAGGAGAUUGUUCAAUCCAGAUUUCUACAAUUGGAACAGAAUCAAGGUUAGAUACUGUGAUGGUUCAUCUUUUACUGGUGACGUGGAAGCUGUAAAUCCGGUGACAAAGUUGCACUUCAGAGGAGCAAGAGUUUUUAACGCUGUCAUGGAGGAUUUGCUAGCAAAAGGAAUGAAAAAUGCUCAAAAUGCUAUUAUUUCAGGAUGUUCAGCUGGUGGUUUAACUUCAAUACUUCAUUGUGAUCGCUUUCGAGCUUUUAUACCGCUAGGAGCUAAAGUGAAAUGCCUCUCAGAUGCUGGUUACUUUAUCAACGCAAGAGAUGUAUCUGGAACACAGCACAUUGAAGAGUUCUUCGGUCAAGUUGUUACGACACAUGGAUCUGCGAGGAAUUUGCCGAGAUCAUGCAUUUCAAGGCUCAGUCCAAGACUGUGCUUUUUCCCUCAAUAUGUUGUAUCACAAAUCACCACACCGAUUUUCUUUGUAAAUGCGGCAUAUGACUCAUGGCAGAUUAAGAACAUUUUGGCACCGGGUGCUGCUGAUCCUCACGGACACUGGCAUAGCUGCAAGCUAGAUAUAAACAACUGUUCUUCUAAUCAACUAGAUCUAAUGCAAGGCUUUAGAACGCAAUUCCUAAGAGCAUUGACUGUUCUCGGAAACUCUCCAUCGAAAGGAAUGUUCAUAGACUCUUGCUACGCUCACUGCCAAACUGAAAUGCAAGAAACAUGGUUUAGAAGUGACUCUCCAUUGUUGGCCAAGACAACCAUUGCAAAAGCUGUAGCAGACUGGUUUUUUGAAAGAAGGCUUUUCCAUCAAAUAGACUGUCCUUACCCCUGCAAUCCGAGUUGUCACAACCGCGUUUUUCAACAAGACACCCCAGGAAAAAAUGUCACCACCAAAGGAACUUCAUCAGGUGCAUCAGCUAUAAAGUCCAGUUUUCCAAUACUAUCAAAUAAGGCGCAAUGGAUUGAGCUUUUAUGCAUUAGAACCGGUUGGCUUCUAUUGACGACGGUUAUUCUGGUCAUCCUAUAA